AUGGCGCCAACAACGACGCUCAAGACGAAGCCGGCGGUGAAGAAGAGACCUAAGCCAGAGAGCGAUGAUGACGACGACGACAUGUUUAGGGAUGGAGAGAGUGACCUGUCGCACACUCCUCCCAGCUCAAAGAAGCAGAAGAAGGCACCUGCUGCAAAGAAAUCUAGCGGGAAGCCUCUGGCCGAGAUUGAAAACGACAGUUUCAUGCACGUCGAUGGCCCUUCGGAGCCGAAGCAGAAGAAGUCGGCAACGGAGACCUACCAGAAGCUCACUCAACUUGAGCAUAUCCUCAAGCGUCCCGAUACGUACAUCGGCUCGGUUGAACGCAUCGAGCAACAGAUGUGGGUGUUCGACAAGGAGACAAACUUGAUGGCCAACCGAAAGAUCUCCUUCGUGCCCGGUCUGUACAAGAUCUUCGACGAAAUCUUGGUCAACGCGGCCGACAACAAGCAGCGUGACUCUACGAUGAGCUACAUCAAAGUCACCAUCAAUCGAGAGGCCGGAGAGAUCACCGUCGAGAAUGACGGAAAGGGCAUUCCGGUGGAAAUUCAUCAGAAGGAGAAGAUAUAUAUCCCGGAGAUGGUCUUCGGUCAUCUCCUCACUGGCUCCAAUUACGACGACAACGAAAAGAAGACUGUUGGUGGUCGUAACGGUUACGGUGCCAAGCUCUGUAACGUUUUCAGUACUGAGUUCAGCGUCGAGACCCAGGAUUCCUCGAAUGGAAAGCGUUAUAAACAGGUUUGGACAGACAAUAUGAGCAAAGUCGGCAAACCUAAAAUCACUUCAAACAAGUCUAAGGACUUUGUUAGGGUGUACUUCAAGGCCGACUUCAACAGAUUUGGCAUGCCAGAUGGCAUCGACGAUGACCUCGAGUCACUCAUCAUCCGCAGAGUCUAUGAUCUGGCUGGCACAGUCACGGGCGUGAAGGUUCACCUCAACGGCGAACAAUUGAAGACCAAUAACUUCAAGAAAUACUGUGAGAUGUACGCCAAGGCGAUUGCCAAGGAGCGUGGCGAUCAAGGUGAGGGCGAACAGCCCCCUGUCGCGACGGUUCACUUUGAAGACACAAAGGCACACGAACGCUGGCAGAUUGGUUUCACUGUGUCAGAUGGGUCUUUCCAACAGGUAUCAUUCGUAAACUCAAUCGCUACCACAUCUGGCGGCACCCACGUCAACUAUAUCGCAGAUCAGAUCUGCGAGGCGCUGCUGAAGGAUCUCGGGAAGAAGAUGAAGGGUCACAACCUCAAGCUCAAUCAUAUACGUAAUCACAUUUUCAUCUUCGUCAACUGCUUGGUUGAUAACCCAGCCUUCACGUCUCAGACCAAGGAGCAGUUGACAACCAAGAAGAGCGCAUUUGGAAGCAAGUGCGAGCUGACGGAUGCCUUCAUCAAGAAGAUCCGGUCGACUGAUGCUAUCGAAAACAUCAUUCAUUUCGCCGAGAAGAAGGCAGACAAGAUGAUGGCAAAGAGUGAUGGAAACAAGCGCUCUCGUAUAAGCAACGACAAGCUUGUCGAUGCCAACUUGGCAGGGACAAGAUAUGGUCAUGAGUGUACCCUCAUUCUCACUGAAGGUGACUCCGCCAGGGCUUUGGCUGUGGCGGGUCGUGCUGUCCUUGAUCCUGAUCGAAUCGGUGUCUUCCCCCUUCGAGGAAAGAUGUUGAAUGUUCGUGAUGCAUCACUCGACCAGAUUACCAAAAACAAGGAAAUCCAGAACAUCAAGCAGUUCCUGGGUCUGAAGCACAAGCAGGUGUACACCGACACCAAGGGCCUCAGAUACGGUCAUCUGAUGAUCAUGGCUGAUCAGGAUCAUGACGGUAGUCAUAUCAAGGGUCUUCUCAUCAAUUUCCUCCAAGUCCAAUUUCCAUCCCUUCUUCAGAUCCCAGAUUUCUUCCGAGAAUUCAUCACUCCUGUUGUGAAGGUCUGGCAGGGCUCUAAUCCGAAGAAGCCUCAGAAGCUGAAGUCAUUUUUCACUCUACCUCAAUACGAGGAGUGGAAGGAGGCACACAACAGUGAAAUUAAGCGAUGGCAUUACAAGUACUUCAAGGGACUGGGAACUAGUUCCAACGAAGAUGCCCAAGUCUACUUCACUAAUCUCGAUGAACACUUGAAGGAAUUCGAUGUCAUGAGGCCCGACGAGGCAGACCUCUUCGAUCUCGCCUUCUCCAAGAAGAAGGCUGAUGCCAGAAAAGAGUGGCUAGGAAAUUUCAUCCCUGGAACCUUCCUUGAUCAUUCCACAAAACAAAUCACAUAUACGGAUUUCGUCAACAGGGAGCUCAUCCUUUUCAGCAUGGCUGACAACAUGCGCUCAAUUCCGUCAGUAAUUGAUGGUCUGAAGCCUGGUCAACGAAAAGUCAUCUACGCGUGCUUCAAGCGCAACUUGGUAAAGGAUCAAAAGGUUGUUGAGUUGGCUGGUUAUGUUUCCGGAGAAACGUCCUACCACCACGGUGAAGCUUCUCUGCAACAAACCAUCAUUGGCCUGGCGCAAAACUUUGUUGGGUCUAACAACGUCACUUGCCUUGAACCUAGUGGUAACUUCGGUUCUCGUCUUCAAGGUGGUUCUGAUGCCGCCAGUGCUCGAUACAUCUAUACUCGCCUAUCUCCUUUCGCGCGUCGCAUCUUUUCAUCCUUGGACGAGCCGAACUUGGAAGCUCAGUAUGAAGAUGGAAAGAUGAUCGAGCCAAAGAUAUACGUGCCUGUGAUUCCAAUGGUUCUUGUCAAUGGAGCAGAUGGUAUUGGCACUGGCUGGAGCACAUCUAUCCCUAAUUACCACCCCGAGGAUAUUGUGCGAAAUCUGAAGAGACGCAUGGGCAGACUCGUGGAUGGCGAUGAUGAGGAGAAGCCCUUUGAGACUAUGACGCCCUGGUGGCGAGGCUGGAAGGGUACAGCUGAGCCUGAUGGGACGGGCAAGUUUAAGUUCAAUGGUAUUGCUUUCCAGGAUGACAAAAACCCCAAUGAAGUUAUCAUCACUGAGCUUCCCAUCCGCAUGUGGACUGAUGACUUCAAAUCGAGACUCGAGGAGAUUAUUCGCGCCGAAAAGUCGCCAUCUUUCAUCAAGGAUUACAAGGAGUUCAACGACCAUAAAAAUGUCCAUUUUGUCAUCCAGAUGGAAGAGAAGCACAUGAAAGCUGCGCUUGACGAGGGAUUGCUUGACCGCUUCAAGCUCAACAAGGCUAUCAAUACGACCAACCUUGUUGCGUUUGACACCAACGGUCAAAUUCGGAAGUAUGAGAAGGUGGAGGAUAUCCUCGAGGAAUACUACGUAUACCGUAUGGAUUACUAUACUCAGCGAAAGGCCCACUGGCUUAAGGUAUAUCAUGCUGAUUAUAGAAAAUUGAAGAAUCAAGCUCGCUUCAUCGAGGAGAUUAUCGACAACAAGCUUAUAGUCUCCAAGAAGAAGAAAGCUGUGUUGGUCCAAGAGCUUCGAGAUAGGAAAUACGAGGCGUUCCCCAAGGGCGAAGAUGCCAAGAAAGCACGCUCAACGGACGAGGACCUCGAUCAAGAUGAAGCUGACGCCGAGGAAAUCGAAAAUGAUGGUGGAACGCGAGACUACGAUUAUCUCCUCUCGAUGCCGAUUUGGGCGUUGACCAUGGAGCGCCUGGAACGUCUGAAGAAGCAGAUCGCAGCGAAGAAGGCCGAGCAUGAUGACCUCGAAUGCCUUAGCGAGAAGGAUCUUUGGUGCAACGAUCUAGAUGCCUUCCUUGCUGAAUGGCACACCCAGGUUGCAUUGGAUGCCGAGAUUCAGACCAGUAUCCGCCGGAUGGGACGUCGCGUCUCCAAGAAGAUUGGUGCCGGCAAGGGACGUCGCGCCCGAGACGAUGAUGACUACAACCCUACCAAGCCCAAGGCCACUGCCAAAGCUGCCAAGGCUGUCGUCAAGGUCGAGCCAAAGGCUCAUGAGCGCUUUGCCACCAUAUUUGGAGGCAAGCCCAAAGCUAAGCCCGCAACCAACACAGUUGGCCAUGACGGCGCCUCCGACCCACCAGAGCCGGCAUCAGACUUCUCUGACGAUGACUACGCCGCUCUCAGCAAGAAGCCCGCUAAAAAGCCUUCUCCAGCAGAAUCUGUCUCAGACGUACCUGCAGCGCCAGCAGCCGAAGAUGCCGGCAACGGACGUACAAAGCGUGCUGCCGCAUCGAAAGCGAAGACUUGGGUCAUGGACGACGACGACUCUGAGAGUGAUGAUGACGACAAGAUGCUUGGUGAUGUCGGUGCUAUGGUUCGAGGCAUCGGAGAGCCAGCGACGAAUACAGCCAACGGCAGACUUAGUUUGUUUGCCAUGUCACGCCCCGAAUCCAGUCAUGGAAACGCGGCGGCCAAUGGUUUGUCAAGGGGCCUAAAGCCUAAGCCUUCCCGGACAUUUGACUUUGACAGCCAUGACGAUACAAACUACGAGAUGCUUGCUCGUUCAUCGCCGGCCAAGAGUCCAAAGAAGGACGACGUGGACAGCUUCCUGUCUGACGAUGAUCUUCCGGUAGUGACCAAGGUUACCAAGACUGCAAAGGCAUCAUCCUCCUCUGCCGCCAUCUCAAAGGCACCGCUUAGCGUCGUCCCUGCUGCAAAGAAGGGACGUGGCCGACCUGCGGGUACGAAGAAUAAGACUAAGACUGCAGAGCCAGUCAAGUCUAAGCCUGCGCACCUGUCUCCUGCCGCCAAGGCGUACGCGGCGAAGAAGGCCUCCAAGCCAAAGAAGACUUUCUUCAGCGAUGACGAGGAUGACGAUGAUGUUGCCAUGGAAGAGCCGCCUUCACCUGUCGUGCCCAAGGCCAGGGGACGACCGGCUCGUGCUGCUACAGUGACCAAGGCUAAGCCAAUCUACAUUGACGACGAUGAGGAAGACUCUUUGGUGAUGGAUGACAACGAUGACGAAGAGAGUGAUGUCUACGCCAUGGAUGACAGUGACUAG